AUGGCUCAACAUGCAAAGUUGAACAAGAGACGUAAAGGAAUGGGCUCACCGUUAGAAAUGGCUCAAUUCCUAGAUGCUGGUGUCAAUAAAUUAAAAAAAAGAAUAAGAGACAUAGAAAGGUUAUUGAAAAAGAAAAAAGAUAUUUUACCUGAUACAGUCAUUGUUGAAAAGGAAAGAACUUUAGAAGCACUUCGAAUGGAAUUAGAGACUGCUGAAUUGCGUAGUAAAGCAAAAAAAAAUGUGUCCAAGUACCGUAUGAUUAGAUUUUUUGAAAGAAAAAAAUCAUUAAGGAAAUAUAAGCAAGUGACUAAGCAACUUAAAGAAGAUCCUAAUAAUGACGAGUUAAAAGAAAAAUUAGAGAAAUGUAAAAUCGAUGUAUGCUACGUUGUGAAUUUUCCUAAAACUGAAAAAUAUAUUGCUUUAUACCCAACUUUUUCUUCAUCUUCAGAUAAUACUACAGAAGAACAAGACAAGACUUCUAUUAGAAGGGAGACUUUUAGACAAUUGAUAAUGGAACAGGCUAAAAAUGAAACCUUACCUAUAUCUUUUGAAGAUAUAUUAAAGGGUAAGAAAUUAGGUAAAGACCAUACAGGUGUCUCUUUUGAAAAAUCUGAUACACAUAAACAACCUAAAAAAUCUGCUGAAAACCAUAAAGAAACAGAUACUAAUAUCAAUAAUGCGAACGAAUCUAAUAGGAGUGAGGAAGAGGAAGAGGAUGAUUUCUUUGAAUAA